CGCUCCACUCCUUCCUCCUCUCGCCCUGCCCUCGAUAACCGACGUCGGCCCUCGAGCUCACUCACCUUGCUUGGAAGCGACUUCCACCCUUCGCUCCGCUGCAUACCUACAACAACAACACCUAUAGCAAGCAAGCAAGCAAGCAAGCAGGCAAGCACCUCGCGCCGACACAGCCAUGGCGGGAGGCCUCGCUACGACCAGCGAUGUCACUCGCAUUGAAGCGCCUGUCACUUGGAAGGCCUACCUGAUCUGCGCCUUCGCCUCGUUCGGUGGUAUCUUCUUCGGUUACGACUCGGGCUACAUCAACGGUGUCACUGGUUCCAAGGUCUUCAUUGAAAUCAUCGAGGGUCCAGGCGCGGAGAAACUCCGCGGCUCCUACCAAUCGCUCAUUGUCUCUAUCCUCUCCGCCGGCACCUUCUUUGGCGCUAUCAUCGCCGGUGAUGUCGCCGAUUUCAUCGGACGCAAAUGGACUGUCAUCCUGGGUUGUGCCAUCUACACCGUCGGUGUCAUUCUCCAGGUCGCUGCUCACGGUCUUGGCCUGAUCGUUGCUGGUCGUCUCAUUGCGGGUAUCGGUGUCGGUUUCGAGUCCGCUAUCGUCAUCCUGUACAUGUCCGAGAUCUGCCCGAAGAAGGUCCGUGGUGCUCUCGUUGCUGGAUACCAAUUCUGCAUCACCAUCGGUCUCUUGAUCGCGGCCUGUGUGAACUACGCAGUCCAGGAUCGCUCCGACACUGGCUCCUACCGCAUUCCCAUCGCCAUCCAGUUCGCCUGGGGUCUGGUCCUCGGUGGUGGUCUCUUCUUCCUCCCAGAUUCCCCUCGUUACUACGUCAAGCGCGGUCGUGUGGAGGAUGCUCGCAGCUCCCUUGGUCGCCUGCGUGGACAGGACAAGAUGUCCGAGUACAUCGAGGCCGAGCUGGCUGAGAUUGUCGCCAACGAAGAGUACGAGCGCUCUGUCAUCCCAUCAGGUGGCUAUCUCACCGGCUGGGCCAACUGCUUCAGCGGUUCGCUCUGGAAGUCCAACUCCAACUUGCGCAAGACCAUCCUCGGUACCUCUCUUCAGAUGAUGCAGCAGUGGACUGGUGUCAACUUCAUCUUCUACUACUCCACUCCAUUCCUGCAAUCCACCGGUGCCAUCGACAAUGUCUUCCUGAUCUCGCUGAUCUUCACCCUCGUCAACGUGUGCUCGACUCCAAUCUCUUUCUACACCGUUGAGAAGCUUGGUCGCCGUCCACUCCUCGUCUGGGGUGCUCUCGGCAUGUUGAUCUGCCAGUUCAUCGUCGCCAUCGUUGGUGUUACCGUCGGUUUCAACAAGUCCCACACCGUUCCAGGCGUCGAUGGCGGCGACCCAACCACCGUCGCCAACAACAUCUCCGCCGUCAACGCCCAGAUCGCCUUCAUCGCCAUCUUCAUCUUCUUCUUCGCCUCCACCUGGGGACCAGGUGCAUGGAUCGUCAUUGGCGAGAUCUUCCCUCUGCCAAUCCGUUCCCGUGGUGUCGGUCUCUCCACUGCCUCCAACUGGCUCUGGAACACGAUCAUCGCUGUCAUCACUCCAUACAUGGUCAACGAGGAUGAGGGCAACCUGAAGUCCAGCGUCUUCUUCAUCUGGGGUGGUCUCUGCACCUGCGCUUUCGUCUACUCCUACUUCCUCGUCCCAGAAACCAAGGGUCUCUCCCUCGAGCAGGUCGACAAGAUGAUGGAGGAGACCACUCCACGUACUUCCGCCAAGUGGAAGCCAACCACCACCUUCGCCCACGAAAUGGGUCUCGACCAGGGUAUCUCAGCAGAGAAGGUGCACGAGGUCGAGCGCAAGGGUUCGUGGACCGGUUAAGAGGAGCACAGGGCGAUCAUGAUACCAGCGUGUUGAUUCAUGCAUGCAUGCAUUACGGGCGCGGGGCGCAAAUGAGAAUUCUAAUAAAGCGUUGUACUCAGAUCAUCCAAGAUACAGUCUGGAGUCGUGGUGAGCGCAGAAGCACGCCAGUACGUACUGCGACAGACACUGUUGUCAUAGUCAAUAAUGCGAAAUACCCAGGAUGAGUUCAUGAAGAAGAAGAAGAAGAAGAACAAGUCAGCGUGAGAUGCUGUUACAAGUAUAUAUAUACAGGCCUUGCUGUCUUGCGUCUUCUCUCUCUCUCUCUCUAUACAUCUUUCGUUGUGCCGUUUAUCCGCGCGCAUGGGCAUGUAGGCGACUGUCAGGAUCAGCACAAAGUCUUGGCAAAAAUUUUCUGCUCGCUCUUUUUGUUUCUGUAGAUUGUGACUUGGACUCGUUGGUGUCGCAAUUGGGAAAUGGCUACUGUGCUGUUUGAAGUUGUUGGAGUAUAGUCUACCCUAUUAUCUAAGGAGGAGGGGAUUUGGUUUUUUGGUUUAGAAGGGGGUAAUCCCUAAAAAACGGGAUCUAAUAGGC